AAAAAUUUUGAAAUUAAAAUCGAUAAAAGUAACAUUUGAAUUUUUUCUAAAUAUUGGAAACAUAAUUGAAGCAUAACAUCAAAUACUAAUUUUCAGAAAAGAAAUAGCAUAAAUCCUUUGACUAUGUUCCAUUUAACACGGCCCUUAAAUCGCAUCACCUUGAACCGUUUUAUUAUGCUAACCGGCCAGCGCAUGCAGCAUCAGCAACAAUGUGUCAAAAAAAGUAAACUGCCGGCAAAACUACAACGUUUACAAAAACUUUUUCAGGAGAAAAACGAUCUGAAGGUGUUUCUUAAAGGUGGAGCAAAAGAUAAAAUGCUGUAUUAUAGCACUUUAGGUUUAGCAGGAAUGGGUUUAUUGUAUAAUAUAGUGUUUUUGGCAGGUUAUAUAAUUGAUUAAAAUUGAUCAUUGGAAAUGUUUUUUUUUUUAUAAAUUUAUUUAAAAUUAUUAGUUUAAACAACAAUAAAAAAACUUAAGUAAU